AUUUAAAAAAAGAAAAGAAAAAAAAGUGUAUAGCCUAUUUUUUUUUGUUGCGAAUGUCCCAAUUCAGGUACAGGAUGUGAAAAUUUCAGAUAAAUGUUCCAUGUUAUAUAUUUUGGUUGCAUUUGUGAGUUAAUAAAAAUUUAGAUUGUUGUUUAAAAUAGGUAUAUAAUAUCAUAAUAUCGAAAUAUCAAUCGAUAUAAUCCUGUAUCAAAUCGAAUCGUAAACGUAUCGUAGAUUUUUUUGAGAUAUCGGCAAAUAUCGUAUCGCUGGGCCUGAGAAUUGAUAUCGUGUCGUGACAAACCAUCCGAUUUACAGUAAAUGAUGGCAAUUUUCUUUUUUGUGUGAACGAAAACACUAAAAGAUUUGUAAGGAUUUUUUUCUUUUUUCUCGCUCUGUUUUAAAAUAGACUUGAAAGCUAAAAGCUACACAAGUAUUUAUUUCAAGGAAUAUAUUUCAGUUUCCCAAAAAUGUGCUGAGGCAGUGUGUUAGCAUUUCAGGAAUUGUGUUAUAACAAAGAUGUGACUUACAACCACCAGAUGUUUAUCUUUGGAAAGACAAGCUUUCCAUUCAUCUUGUGAAUGGCAAGGCGGUAAAUACUCCCUAUUUGUAUCCGUGAAGUUGGGUGUAAAGGGGGCAGGAAGGGCCGAAGAAAGCCAGGUUCAGUUGAGAACCCGACAAUUCGAUCCCAUUGAUGUGUUUCAAGAAGCAGUGGUACUGUAACUCAAGACAAAUACCAUGUCAGAGUUUGUGAACUAUUCUAAGCAUCAGUUGCUGACACCAAGGCUGGGGGGCUGGGAGGUGGCACACCGAGCGGCUUAACAAGGCCCACCCACAGGAACUGCCACCCUCUAUGUGGACCGUUGACUCGCUCUGCUUCACCGUUGUGAAAUAUCUGGCUGUUUUUAGACUUGUUCACAUGAUGUCCAAACCUCUGCUGUAGCUCGGGACUGAAUAUUUCCUAAAGUUGUUCUUUCUUAAGGGUCCUUCACAGUUGUGGUGCUCGAGCCUCUUGACGGUGUGUGUGGAUGUGGAGGAGAUCAGCACUACUCUUGGUAUGACGAUCGACGGAUAAGCGUCUUUUGUGACCUUGGAUCUUUUCAGAGGCUGAAGCUGGAUUCCAGCAGAGACACAUGGUCCAGAGUGACAAGGCCAUCUGCUGUAGCGCCAGGACUGCAGUGGGAGGGAAGAAAAGAUGAAGGGGUGGCUUGUGGGGGGGGUGAGUGUACAGAGAAUUCCUCCCCCUCGGGUGUGGAGGGAGUAGAUAUUCUGGGAGAUCAUUGCCAGCACCUUGGAUUGAGACUUAUUUCUUUAGUGUCACUUUUUCUCCCUUCAACUUUCUUUCCAGGCUUUCUGGAGCGACUGAAGUUGGGUCUUUAAUGUCAAGAGAUCAUGAUUUUGUGAUUCUUCAAAGUGAUGAGCAAUGGAGAUCUGGACUCUGAAGUCCUUGCAAGCUGUGGAUCCAGUUUCUUCAACAUCUCUUUGCACCCAAAGCUGAGAGUUGUGGAUCAGUGACGUAAGUGGGUGCAGAUCUCCGGGGUGGAUUUUCGCUAACACGUCUUUUGUUUUGGUGCGUUGACGGUGAAAGACAAAAAAACUGUACACUUGCGCUUCCCCAGUGGGCCGAAGAGCCAAACGGAUGGUUAUUUUUAUGAGGGACUUUGUAGCAGAAAUGGGUCAGGACCAAACCAAACAGCAGAUUGAGAAGGGACUGAAGCUUUAUCAGUCAAAUGACACAGAAAAGGCUUUAUAUGUCUGGAUGAAAGUGUUAAGGAAGACAUCUGAUCCUGGGGGGAAGUUUCGAGUUUUAGGUUGUCUGAUCACAGCACAUUCAGAAAUGGGGAAAUACAAGGAGAUGCUACAGUACUCCCUAGCUCAGAUAAACACAGCCAGAGAGAUGGAGGAUCCGGACUACCUGACGGAGGGCUACCUGAACCUGGCACGCAGCAAUGAGAAGCUUUGUGAAUUCCAGAAGACGGUUUCAUAUUGUGAGACCUGCUUAAACAUGCAGGGAACCACUGUAAGCCUACAGCUCAACGGGCAAGUGUGUUUGAGCAUGGGCAAUGCCUAUCUGGGCCUCAGCGUUUUCCAAAAGGCCUUAGUGAGCUAUGAGAAGGCCCUGCGAUAUGCUCACAACAACGAUGACAAGAUGCUGGAGUGCCGGGUCUGUUGCAGUUUGGGCAACUUCUACAUCCAGCUUAAGGAUUAUGAGAAAGCACUCUUCUUUCCUUGCAAAGCAGCUGAACUCGUGAAUGACUAUGGUAAGGGUUGGAGUCUCAAGUACCGUGCCAUGAGCCAGUACCAUAUGUCGGUGGCCUACAGGAAGCUGAUGCGCUUAGCAGAUGCAAUGGAAUGCUGUGAGGAAUCAAUGAAGAUUGCACUGCAGCAUGGAGAUCGGCCCCUUCAGGCACUGUGUCUGCUUAACUUUGCUGAUAUUCAUCGCUGUCAGAAAGAUGUUGAUAAAGCAUUCCCUCGCUACGAGUCCUCCAUGUGCAUAAUGUCAGAGAUCGGCAACCGCCUUGGACAAGCAUCCAUCUACGUAGGUGUGGGGAAGUGCUGGGUUCUGCAAAAGGAAUACGAUAAGGCUUUGGACUCCUUGCAAAGAGCGCAUGAUCUGGCCGAGGCGAUUGGAAACAAGCUGUGUAUCCUGAAGGUGCACAGUCUGUGUGAAGGCAUCUACCGCUGUAAGGAGCAGCAGGAUGAGUUGAGAGAGCAGGUAGUGAAGUUCCUGCAGUGUGUGGAAGAGCUAGAGCUCUACUGUGGCAUGUGUGGGGAGUCUAUCGGAGAGAAGAACCAGCAGCUGCAGGCUUUGCCCUGCUCUCACAUUUUCCACCUCAAGUGUCUGCAGACAAACGGCACAAAGGGCUGCCCAAAAUGCCAUCGUUCUUCAGUGAAGCUGGGUUUUGUAUGAGAUUGCACUCCUGCCUUGGACAAAAUGGCUGAAUCCCAUCACAGUGACCCGCCUGGGAGCAGAAGUUCCAGGGCCUUCUUUCAGGAAGGUUUCUAACUGGACAAAAGGAGGGCAACUGGGAAUAAUGUGGAAAUGACAGGACAUGGAUUAAUAGUUCAACACAGAGACGUCAUGAAAGACAGCAGAUAUUUUCUCUGAACUGACCUUAUAAUACUGCAUUGGUUUAAGACAGAAACAAUAAAAACAGUCUUUGAUUGGACCAUGCAGCAUUGCUAUCCUGUCAGUGAGGAUAUUCAUCAACAAGGUGAGAGCUUUACAUAAUCACAUGGUUUCCUAAUGGACAUUAUUGCUCUAUUAUCACAGCUGAACAGAACAAAACAUGUAUAUUUAAAACAUUUAUAACUUUCUAAGUGAUUUUCAAUCAAAUUUCAAGCUCGAAUCAAUUUCUUUAGAUUGUGUAAAUAAUUAAUGAAUGCUACAAUCAGUGUAAUUUUAAGAAGAUAAAGUUGUUCUCUGUCAGCGGUAUAAGAUAUGCUGAGAGAUGCUGUUCAGUUUGAGUUUGUUUGAGGUUUGUUUUGAGCUUGUAGUAAACUCAAAUGUCUCUAACUGCCUCCUGUUAGUGAACUGUAAUAUUCUGAAGUAACAGGGGCAUGUGUUCAACUUAUUAACUUGACCAAUUAUGCAUUUUGUUAAUUAUUUAUUUGACAAUUAUUUAUGUAUUUUAAUAAGAAUCUUAUACAGUACACACAACAUUACUACGUUUCUGAUAACAGCUGAAUUCAUUUCAUGUUGAAUCAACAAAAUGUGAAAAAUAUUUUUUUCUUCAUUUAUAGUAUGUGCAGUUAGUAGUAUAGUUUUCUGACAUCAGCUUUAAAACCUUAUAAUUAAUCUCCUUUAUUUUCUUAAAGUCUUCAGAGAUUCACAAAUGUGCAUAUGCAACAAAAUGCAACCUUUUUCCAACAUGUAUAGCACUAAAGUAUUUGAGUAUGUUUAAUCAGAAUGGCCCAAAAUUUUUAUCCUUAUUUCUUUGUGGGCACUUUCAUUUAACUUGUCAAUCAAAAAUAAAUAUAAUCAAAUUGCCAUAUGUAUGAUCAAUUUAACAUCUAUCAACUUAUAUGAUGACAGAUUUUCAUAUAUUUUUUAAUCAUCAUCUUUGAUAUAUAUUAUAUUUGAUAUAUAUGUCAUAUUUUGUUAAUGAUUAACUAACAAUUCUCUAAACUUUUUAAAACUGCUAAAUUGAUUUCUCAUUUUACUUUGUAAGGACUUCAGAUAUAAUCUGAGGUCUUCUGCAUGUUUCUUCUGACUCCUACUUUUGUAAGUGCAUCUUCUUUUUGCCACUUUAAUUAUUCCAUAACUAAAUAAUAAAAUACAAAUUAAACACAUCCAAAGACAUUUUAUAAAAUAUAAUACAUUUUGUUAUAGCUCUCACAAGCCACAAGCAUAAGCAUUUGCAAUGAAAGAGUUUGCAAUGUUUAAUGCUGGAUGUGAUCAGGCUUAUUCUUAGAAAUAAAUAAUAAAACAAAAUGACAUGGAGAUUUCUAAUUGUUUAACUUAUGGGAGCAAUAUGUAAAAAUGCUGCUUAUUUAUUUCUCUUUUACCUUACUUUCAUUUUUAUAGUAACUUUGUCCUUCUAUUCUAAGCUAAUCUCCCUGUUUACUGCAUGCUGUAUAAAGCUGGUUCAAAUCCUAGUUGACAGCAGGUCAUAACUACCUCUCCACAUUUGUCCCUCUCAAUACUUGCAUGCUCAUGCAGCAGAAUCUUCUGAAAAUGAGACUGAACACAUUGUUUAAUUAAGAGAAGUCCUGUAUAUAAAUAUAUAUUCAAUGGACUUUUUCUAGUAAAUAUUCAAUAAAAGACAUUUUUUGCA